CCCGCCCCUGCGCGCCGGUCCAGCCAGCUCGCUCCGGCUCGCUCCGGCCCGGGGCCGCCCUCUCCCCGCCCCGCCCCCUCCGGCCAGGGGUGCUCUAGAUGCUGUGCGGAGACCCUUUGCACCCCUGCGAACAUGGCGCUGCAAGUGGCGCGCAGCGUGCGGGCCGCGAUCUGCAGCCUGCGCGCCAUCUCUGCGCCCAACGCGCCCUGCCCGCCGCGGCCCUGGGGACUGCGGGCGGGCGCCGUCCGGGCGCUGCGCACCGGCCCCGCUCUGCUGUCCGGUCGUAAAUUCACAGACAAACAUGAAUGGGUAACAACAGAAAACGGUGUUGGAACAGUGGGAAUCAGCAAUUUUGCACAGGAAGCUUUGGGAGAUGUUGUUUACUGUAGUCUGCCUGAAGUUGGGACAAAAUUGAACAAACAAGAGGAAUUUGGUGCUUUGGAAAGUGUGAAAGCUGCUAGUGAACUCUAUUCUCCUCUAUCAGGAGAAGUAACUGAAAUUAAUGAAGCUCUAGCAGAAAAUCCAGGACUUGUCAACAAAUCUUGUUAUGAAGAUGGUUGGCUGAUCAAGAUGACACUCAGUAACCCUUCAGAACUAGAUGAACUAAUGAGUGAAGAAGCAUAUGAGAAAUACAUAAAAUCUAUUGAGGAGUGAAAAUGGAACCCCUAAAUAAACUAGUUUGAAACAACUUAA